AUGACGUCGGAUCAAGGACCAGAAACAGCUCCAACCGAAUCCAAACUCUCACCUUCUCAGACGCGGGCUCUCUUCGAUAUUCUCACUCACUACGAGACGUACACUGAAAUCUCGAGCUUCAAGACCGCCGAAGCAAUCACCAGCUAUGGAUUUCCUUUCAAGAAAAAGACGGUCGUGUCGACAACGCCGCUGGCCACUGCUCCAGGUACGCCGCGGGUAAGGACGCCCAGAUCAUUCUUUGCUUCGUCGUCGAGAGCGCAAAGUCCUGUUAGUGCCAAGAGCGCUGAUGACGACGAUGACGGCAAAGAUGUUCUAUCUACGUCGCCUAUUUUGCAAUUACUCUUGACUAAGAUUGUUCUGCCGCUGCCUGGCGUGAGCAACAUCCCUAGGUCCUUUUGGAGUAUUCGUGUCCAAACUAUUAUGGCGAGGUUGGGAGAGGCAGAGCUCUCAGAGAGUUAUGACAAAGGCGCCAUGGGAACUAGAAAGACUUUGGCGACGGGGACGAGUUCCAUCAUUGAGAUGCUGGGCCGGGGCAUGCUCGGUGGUUUGGAUAAACAAGAAUCGGACACGACCAAGGACGAUAAAUAUGACCAUUCUAACGCGGAUGAUUUGGAGCGCGCAUGGGGUAAUGUUCUCCAGGGACUGGUAUAUGGGGAUUUGGUUAAUCAGCUGUUUGAUCAUUUUGUGCAUUCAGAUGAUUUAGAGGUGCUGUCGAAAACGGUGGAAGCAUCUGCUCAGCACAACAUUUUACACAUCGCAACAUUAGUCCACCACAUCUUCAUCCUCUCACCAGAAGGCCAAUAUCUCCUCAAACUCAUCGAAAACGUACACUCCCUCAUCCCCUACAAAGUCAUCAAACAAACCCUGCGAAUAGGCAACGCCGCAACCAUGAUAAGCGGCAUGAUGCGCGUCCUUCUUGCCAAGCUCAGCGUCACCAGCGUCACCAACUGGUUUGGACUAACGCAAAACGCCGACGAUGGCAUGAAUCUCCUACAGAGAAUCAUUUCUCUAGUACUAUCUUGGGAUGCUAGCGAAUUCAAAAAGAGCGCUGAAAGAAUAGAAAAGGCCAAGGACAGACCGAGUGACGAUAUGCUUCGCACAAUCAAGGAGUACAUUGAGGAAACGAGAUCAGAACACGACACAGUUCGGCAAGCCAGUGAGCAGAAUGACCAGUCUAUUAUUACGGCUAUUUUUAAUGCGACGAACCCUGCUUUGAAUGGGGAAUUGGCAAAGUCUCAGCAUGAGCAAUGUCUGGAGUACUACUCUGCGCUUUUGUCCGUCAGAGAUAGAGAUUGUAUCACGGGGGCGAUUUGUCGUCAGCCUCCUGAUAUGUUUACACAGGCGAUAAAAGAUGUCGUGGCAGCGUAUGAGCCCAUCAUUCGGACUGUGCAUUCCAAUGUUGAUCUACGAGAACACUUUGACGACUUGCAGGCGUUUGUGGAGGAGUUUAUCCGAGCGAGUCGGCCAAAGAAAACGGGGGAUUCUUCAGAAGAAAACUUGCCUAGUGUGGAAGACUUUGUGGACCUUCUCAUGAAGCACCGUCGGCUUUUAUAUAAAUGGAUUCACGCAGUUGCCAGUCAAUGCCCCGAUAUUUGGGAGGCUCUACGAACAUGGGCAAACGACAUGAUUGUCAAGUUUCGCAAAUCUUCUUCAACAACAGCGGACGUGCCCUCUAUCCUUAACAAAAUGUACAACACACUUGAACCGGAUACACAGCCCAAAGUCCUGGAGGCAAUUGAUUCCCACGCCAACUACCUCGACACUCUCAACUCAGUCUCCCACGCACGACUGCAAUAUCUCGUCACGGCAGCUGAUUCCUCCGGCGGCACGACCGGUGGACCAGGCGUUUAUCUUGACCGAUGGCAGGCCCUGCUUGAUGAGACGCUCAUUACACCUUCACUGCAAAAAGGUGCGGUGAGAAGAGGCAAAGCUGUCAAGCAUACCACCACGAUGGGGAAGACGGGAGUAGGGGGAAAGAAGUUGGAGCGGGAUUCAAUGGGCAGUGGUGUGGAGGCGCCGGAUGUGAGGAUUGUGGUGGACGAGUUGGGAGCGCGGUUUAGAAACGACGUCAGAGAAAUGGCAGGGCGGAUUUAG